UUUCCUAAGGUUUCUUUGAGACUAUUUGUAUAUUUAUUGAUGUCUUUUGAGAUUGUCCUGAUGUGGCGAUUGUGUGGAGGUUUGCUGCUGCUCGUGCACGCGCUGGUACUCGUUAGCGCUCAGUUCCCGCGCGCGUGCGUGACGCCGGAGGGCCUCAGGAGCGCGCAGUGCUGCCCGUCCCCGUUGGCUCUGGAGAACGACCCGUGUGGCACGAGCUCCGGGCGCGGGAACUGCGUGGACGUGCGUGCGGAUGCGCGUGCACACGGACCUCAGUACCCCUAUGACGGACGCGAUGAUCGCGAGCGUUGGCCCUUGCGCUUCUUCACGCGCGCGUGUCGCUGUAACGGGAACUUCAGCGGCUUCGACUGCGGGCACUGCAAACACGGACUCACCGGAGACGCGUGCGAGCGGCGCGUGCCCGUGGUGCGGAGGAAUGUGAUGCAGCUCAGCGCGGAGGAGAAGCGCGCGUUCGUGAACGCGCUGGACCGGGCCAAGCGCGCGCCCCACCCGGACCUCGUGAUCGCGACCCGCCGGUACCCCGAGAUCUUCGGACCAGACAACAACACAGUUCAGUUCGAGAACAUCAGCAUCUAUAACCUGUUCGUGUGGUCCCACUAUUACUCGGUCAGCAAGACGUUCCUCGGGCCCGCGCAGGGCAGCUUCGGCGGGGUGGACUUCAGUCACGAGGGGCCCGGGUUCGUCACGUGGCACCGGUACCAUUUACUGCAGCUCGAGCGGGACAUGCAGGACAUGUUGGGAGACCCGAGCUUCGCGCUGCCAUACUGGAACUUCGCGAUCGGCGGGAGUGUGUGUGACGUCUGCACUGAUGAUCUGAUGGGCGCGCGCAGCUCCUUCGACAUCAACUCCAUCAGCUCCAACUCCAUCUUCUCACGCUGGAGGGUCGUGUGUGAGAGCGUGGAGGAGUACGACACAUUGGGGACCAUCUGCAACAGUUCGGAGAGCAGUCCGAUCCGCAGGAACCCUGCCGGUAACGUUGCGCGGCCGAUGGUGCAGCGGCUGCCGGAGCCUCAGGAUGUGGCGUCGUGUUUAGAGCUCAACGCCUUCGACUCGCCACCCUUCUACUCCACCUCGUCUGACAGCUUCAGGAACAGCAUUGAGGGGUACAGCGCUCCUGAGGGGAACUAUGACCCUGCGGUGCGCAGUCUGCAUAACCUGGCUCAUCUGUUCCUGAACGGGACGGGUGGUCAGACUCAUCUCUCGCCCAACGACCCCAUGUUCCUGCUGCUGCACACCUUCACUGACGCCAUCUUCGAUGAGUGGCUGCGCAGACACAGUCCAGACGCCUCCGUCUAUCCGCUGGAAAACACCCCCAUCGGCCACAACAGGGAGUUUAACAUGGUGCCCUUCUGGCCGCCGGUGACCAACGCAGAGAUGUUCCUCACAGCGCCGGAAAACCUGGGAUACUCCUAUGAGAUCGAGUGGCCAGCUCGUCCUCUCACACUGACCCAGAUCAUCACCGUAACCGUGGUUGCCGCCCUCAUCGCUGUGGCGAUUAUUUUCACCGCCACCACGUGUGUCAUCAGGUCGCGCUCCUAUAGGACGGAGGGUCGGCAACCGUUGCUUGGAGACCAUUAUCAGCGCUACGACGACCACAACAAAACACAGUCUGUAGUGUAAACGCUGAUAAUUUGAUCUCAAACAGGUACAAGUCUUUAGUAUGACAAACAGAAGAUGACACUG